GUAUUUAUUUAUUUUUAUCAGCCCCCACAAGCCCCCCUUGUUACCCACCCCCGACAAGCCCUGCGUCAUCCCCAUGUCCAGUCGUGGACUGUGAGAGGCUCGUAUAUAUAAAAGCUUUGCUCCUUGGCACAUGAGCUGAAGCGACCGUCCUUGGAGGAUAAGGGCACCUCUUUGCUGGGCUCUCGCUGCAUCACCUGCUCCAAGCCUGGUCUCUCACUCUGUAUUCCUCUCUCUCUCUUUCUCUCUCUCUCCCUUUCUCUCUGUCUCUGAGCACACGAGCCAUCCCUGCACAUCUGCCUGUGUCACUCUUUCUCUCUCUGUCUCUCCACACUCUCCGGCUCUGUCCCCUGUCCCUCCGGUGUGUCAGCAUGCAGCUUGCGGCCAGCUUCCUGUCCCUGGUGCUGCUUCUGUACACCGUCAAGGCGGCCGCUGUGCCUCCUGUGGAAGAGAGGAGCUUGGCACAUGCAGACAGGGAGCGGAACAAGGAGCGCAUCCUCAGGGUGGUCUCCAGCCUUUUGGACGGGAUGGACAGCAACAUGCUGGGGGCGGAUAUGACCCCCGGGGGCAUGGAAGAGCCUCAGGAGCCCCACCUGGAGGAAAGGGCCAUCUACAACCGGCUAUCCCAGCUGCCACAGCGAGACCGCAAGGCUCCUUGUAAGAACUUCUUCUGGAAAACCUUCACCUCCUGCUAACAGAGCCAACCCCUCUUAAAUCUCGCCCCCUGCCACACCCCCCCACGGCUCGACAUGAACUGUGGCAGACCUGUGCUGUACUCGCCAUCAUCUCCGCCCUGCACAGGCUCUCUAUGGACUUUAUUGGCGCUGUCUUGUUCGCUGUAAAGAAUAACGAUUAUGAGAUCUAUUUAUUUAUGUAUUUCUUUACUUAUUUAUUUGUUGAUGGUUAAAACUGAAAUUACAAUAAAGCAUGUUAAGGUA